AUGAAUGAAUUCGAGAAAUUUAAACGCCAAAUUUCAUUGUGGGGAAAAGAACAUCAGGAAAUUUUAAUGAGUAGUUAUAUUUAUUUUUUGGGAAGCGGAUUAAUUAUUUUUGAAAUUUCCAAAGGCUUAAUCCUGAGCGGGAUAAAUAACUUAACAAUAAUAGACGAUCAAAAGAUAUGUGAAAAUGAUUUAAAAUAUUACAUGUUUUAUAAUUCAAGUAAAAUAAAUGAAUAUAUAUGUAAUAUAAUAAAAGAAAAUUUGUUAAACAUAAAUAAAAAUGCUAUUAUUAAAUGUAUUAUUAAUAACCCUAUUGAAUAUUUUUAUAAAAAUAUAAUAAAUGAUGAUAAUUAUGAUAUAUUAAUAUGUAAUUUGUCUGUAAAAAAUAAUUUAAAGAUUGAAAAAGUGUGUGCAAAAUAUAAUAAAAAGGUAAUUACUUGUAAUGUUAGUAAUGCUAUAGGGUAUUUAAAUGUGAAGAUAGGAAAACAUAUAUAUAUGGAAAAAAAAAAAAAAAAUAAAUUUAAUAUAAGUUGUGAUGAUAAUAAGUAUUCCUUUUCUUAUUAUUAUAACAUAGCUUUAUCAUUAUAUGAUGAUUUAAAAAAAUAUAUAAACAAUGUAGAUUAUUCAAAUUUUCAAACUAAUGGGGAAUUGAAUAAAAUAAUAUUUUUAGUUAAAAUUUAUCAUGAUUUCCCUUGUGGAAUAAAUGAAACACAAAAAUGUCAAAAAAUAUUAAAAUUUGUUAAGGACAAAAUAAAAUUAACAAAUAUAAAUUUUGAUAACUUGGACAAAGUGGACAAUUUUAUUUAUUUAUCGGAUAUAAAAAAAAGAAUAAAAUUGAUUUUGCAAAAUAAUAAUUAUAUUACUAAAGAAGUGUGUAAUCAUAUAUAUAUUUUUUUAAUUGUCUAUAAAAGUUUUAUAAAAAAAAAAAAUUAUAUGCCAUAUUUAUAUAAUGACAACGACUAUGACACUAAAAAUGCAGAAAUAUUUCGAGGGAUAGACGAUAUUAAAAUUCUUUUAAAAAAAAGAAAAUGUGAAGAUGAAAAAGAGCUAAAAUUGUUAAUUAUGAAAAAAAAAAAAAAAUAUAACUUUAAAAAAAAUUUUGAAAUUUCUCAUUUUGUCUAUUUGUUCUCAAAUUUUUUUUAUAUAAAUUUUAUUGAUAAUGAAGAAAUAAACAAUGAAAAAGAAAUAUUAAUGGAAAAUUUUUUGUAUUUUUGUUAUUUAUAUGAUACAUCCUCUAAUAUUUCUUAUAAAAAUAAUAUUAGUUUAAAUUAUAAUGAGAAAUAUUCUUUCCCUAGUCCCUCAUAUAGUAUGAAGGAUGAAAGGCAUUUGAUAAGUAAUGAAUUGGUACUUUGUAAUGAUAAAAAAAAUUUGUUGAAUUUUAGAAAGCAUAUAUGUUUUAAUAAUAUUAAAAAAAAAAAAGAAAUAAUAAAACAAAACUGUAGUUAUAAUAAAAAAUAUAUUCCAUUUUUUUUUAAAAUAAAUGAUGAAAAAUUGCAAAAUUUGUCUUAUGUUGAUGUCAAUAUAAAUAUAUUAUUAGAAAAAAUACAAAUUGGUAAUAAAUUAUUUGAAGAUCUUAAUAACCUUAAACACACUUGUUCAAAUUAUGUAAUUAUAGUUAUUUCAGGAUUAAUAACACAAGAAGUUAUAAAAAUAUGUUCAUUUUAUUUAAAGCCACAUGUAAAUUACUAUUUUUUUAAGUCAGGUUAUUUAUGA